AUGCCGCAUACAGGCCAUUCCGGGCCCACGAGCCUCGCCGUGCUUUCGUCGGCAAAUCGGCCGACUCUGCAGGACAUCCUCUCCAACAGCGCCCCGCCACCCUGGACGCUCAGUGCCUUUAUGGCUUAUCUCUCGCAGAACCACUGCCUCGAAACGCUCGAGUUCACCAUGGAGGCUGAGCGCUACAAGAGCGCCUUUGCCGACGUCCAGAUGUACGAGGGCAGCGCCCACGUCGCCCAAUGGUCGCAGGACGCCAGGGACCACGUCGCGUCGCUGUGGCAGCGCCUCAUCGAGACGUACAUCUUGCCGUAUGGCGUGCGCGAAGUCAACCUUCCCGGCCCAGUGCGCGAUCGACUCCUGGACCACCAGCCCUCCGCCUCGCCGCCGCAUCCGACCGAGCUCGACGAGGCCGUCCAGAUCGUCUUUGAGCUGAUGAACGACUCUGUUCUGCUGCCCUUUCUCGAUUCGGCCCAGCAAGAAUACCAGCAGCACCAGCAGCACCAACAGCUGGUCAUCGAUACCGACACCGACCCGCAGGACAGCCGCCAGGGUCGUUCACGGCUGCGCAGCUCCAAGGACGCGAGGGAAUGUGCUGCCUCUUCCUCCUCCACAGGUGAUGACGCCAGCCGGUCGCCCCGGCCGUCGUUCCUCCAGCUUGGUCGUGGCCGUAAGAACGACACCCGCGGACGAUCGCCCUCAACGUCGACCGAUGCCACCGACCCGGCUGAUCGCGCUGGCCUCGUCGACGACAGCGGCAGCGCCACUCCUCCGCCGGGCGAGCCGCUCACGCCGCCAACAACUCCCCCGACGUCGGACUGGGGUUUCAGCACGUCGCCCAGCAGUCUGCAACGCGCCAUCUCCGUCCAGAGCGCUGGAUGGAAGCGCAUGAGCGCCAAGCUCGGCCUCAGCCGCAAGAACCGGCCUAGCCGACGGAACAACACGUCCAACGGCAACAGCAGCGGCUUUGUCGGCGAGCCGUCCUCCUCGUCCUCCUCACCACCCACCAACGUCGACCUGCCCGAUCUGCCCAAUCUGCCCAUGCCCGACACUGAUCUCGAGGCCCACAACCACCACGACUUAUGA